AUGGGGGAACCUGAGACACCUCCCCGGCGCACUCGAUGCCGCACGGGCUGUCUUCGGUGCAGAGUGCGUCGUCGCAAAUGCGAUGAAGCAAAGCCUCGAUGUCAAAACUGUAUUGAUAAGGGUUUCCAAUGCCAGUACGGGUCUCAAUUGACCUUUCUUACUAAGAAUGUCAUCACUGUCUCUACACCGGAGGUACCACGAGCUUACUCCAAUAUAAAAUUUGUUCCAGAAGAUCCUCAAAAUAUUCUAAAUGAGGGCUCUUCCUGGGAGGAUGAAGAUUCCUUAACUCCUACCGAUGUGCCUGGGCUUGUCGAGUCACGUUCGGAGCCCAUUCCACAUUCGGCUGUUGGUGCAGUUGGUGCAGUCACAACAAUACUUCAACAUAAUGAACAUAUAUCUCAUGAUGAUCCGUCAUUUGCACACUGGGCGGACUGCGAAGCUGAAAGCCCAAGUCUUGAUCUCAAUCCAAGGCUUUCAUUCUACUCUCCUCAGGAUCAGUCUACCAACCUCUCCUAUCAUCGCCAUGAUGAUCACUUGCAGGAUGAUACGUUCCCAGUACCAGCAGGCAGAUUACACUCUGAAGCUGAAGCCAUCAGUCCAGUCAUAGUAAGCGACAAGGAUGAAUUUGCCGCUCGAGGCUUACUUGCAUUGAUCUCAAGGGAAGACGUCGCUCCCGUAUUGGGUGAGAGAUUAGGCAUAGAUCCUCAUCGUGGUCGGACGGCAUCUGAUGCUACACCUUUAACAAGUUUUGAUAAUGCCUCAUAUGAUAUUGCCAUCACACGGCCAGCUACUACUCAAAAAACUACCGAACUACUCCGCCAUUAUCGAUAUGAAGUUGCACCUUGGCUAGAUCUAUGCGACAUGUACCAAUCAUUUGGCAUUGCUGCAUUUCAAUAUGCCAUAGACUCAGAGAGGAUUCUUCGAGCCCUUCUCUUAUUGUCUGAAGCCUCGCUACACAAUAAUAAUUUGGAUCGGCGCUCAUCGGCACCGCUUUCCGAUUCUUCCUUGCCGUUGAACAUGUUUUUUUCAGAUAAAGGCUACAAUGAAAAUGAAGCUGACGAAUAUUCGUUCAUGACCACCGCACUUACAAUGGCCUUCCGGCGGGUGCAUUCCUUCGUCUCAGGUUUGUCUCACGCUUGGUCUAUGAAUAAAGUGCCAAUAAAUAUGGAUCUUCUCAAUUCGUUGAUGGUGGAUAUAGCUACUUCAAAGCCAACAUCUGCUAUCUAUUGGUUAUUUCUGCGAUUGGAGCUCAGUACUGCACUAGCGAAUGAUGACACAAUACGAUUCCCUCUGCCGCUUUCGCUUCCAUGGGAACCCGUUGACAUCUUCCCAGAGACGAUGGAUUCGUUGGCAGGACUCACAUGGCGUCUAUCCAACUUUGCUCACCGACCACUGAUAAUGCUUGGCCAAGCCAUGCAGUUGCUGUCGAAAGACGGAGGAGAAGAAGGCCCUUCUUUACCUGGUUCCAGUCGCGUCGAUAGUUGGAAAUAUCUUAUAAACGAGCUCGAGCGUUGGCGCAAAGAACGACCGGAAGAAUUUCGACCCAUCAUGGAGUUGCCGCCUUCUUCAGUGGAACCAGACUCGAGUUUUCCAACUAUCCUAUUCACCAAUGGUGCUGGGAUCUUUGGUAACCAGCUUUACCACACAGCCAUGUUGAUGCUGCUUCUGGACAAGCCACGUACAGUCCGGUUGACUUAUCUCCCCCCGUUUGUGCUGUCGCCGCUGUGGCAUGCACAAUGUAUCUGCAGUAUUUCUCUGAAUAACGAUCGUCGCGAGUGUUGGGAUCCUUGCUUGUUGGCGUCGUUUCUCGUUGCCGCUAAGCGAAUGACUCACGAAUUUCAGCAGCAAGAUAUUCUUCAUGGUCUCAAUCGCAUCCAGACACUAACAGGAUGGGAUAUUCGAGAAUAUGUAGCUGAAUUACAGGAGAAGUGGGGCCUGUUGAAUGCGGUUUGA